ACGAUAGCUUUUAUCCUUCGGCUGCCGUUCGUUUUGGCGGCCGAUGGAGGGGACGAUUUCAGCAACAACCUCUUCUCUGAUCUCGCACCACUCUUGGCACUAUUCGGCGAACAGUUCACCAAGCAGUCCAUGAGCCAGUCCAUGUACUGGGAGGAAAACGUCAUAUUUGCGAUGGCCCCCCUGGGCAUCAUUACGGCGAUUGUAAGCGCUAUCAGGGUUGGCGGGCCCACUUGGAUGAAGGCGGUGAUAGGGCGUGCUAGGGAAGGGAAAGGUGUCGCCGAGAUCGAGUUGAUGUCUUCUACGAGUCACGAUGUCACGGAGCUGUGGAAAGGGGACGGAAUUGUUAGGGUUCUGGGAUCGUCUCCAAUCAUCGAGCUGUUUUAUCGCGAGCCUACGGAUAAUGGAUCCACAAGCCAAACGGAGGGAGAUAAGCUUUUGUCAAACGGCGAAACGGCGAUUUGCGAUCCCUCUGGGAUAUACGACUUCGAAACUGCGAAGACCGCCGGCGUUUUAUCGAAUGAUAAAACCCCGAGCCCGGAGAGCGAAGAUGGACACCACAAUCAGGUAGCGCCGAAUAUCGCGUUGACCAUCAGUGGUCGGAAAGUCUCUCGCUUAGAAACGAGGCUCAUUGCAGUGGUGGGCACCUUGUUGCAGCUUGCAGUCAUAAUCUUUGCCGGCUUCGGUGUACUCUAUUCGCCAUGGAACGAAAGAUUCGGCAAGGAUAAUGAACCGGUUCAACCAUAUGCAUUUCCCUUAUUGUGUGUUGGUACUGCGACUUUGGUCUUGGGGAUGUUUUUAUGUUCCCACAUAGUCGAGCGGAGUACAACCGAAACCACCUGGAACAUCGAGGAGCCAAAAGAGGGGCAGGUCAAAGUGGCAUGGCUCCAGAAAGGGGGGAGCGUCAGCGAUCAGCACUUCGAUUCGUACCUGAUACAGCGCGAAGAGAAAGCCUCGAACUCUCGACAGUCGCUGAACGCCGAUCUUUCACACAAGAUCUUCACAUCUCACAGAGGGAAGGAGAAACAACUGGCUACCCUGACGUGCAUUCUCCAGUUCUUUGCACUGAGGGGCCUCAACUGGUCGGCUACGAUUGCACAGUUGCUAGCAACCGCAGUAAUGACGUUUUUGAGAGCUGUUAUACGUCGAAAAAUGGUCUAUGACAUUAAACCUGAGCUUAUCGCGAGGGGAUAUGAGCUAGAUAUGGCAGCAAAGAAGAUUACAGGGUGCGGAUUGAUUGAUUGAUUGAUUGAUU